GGGAAGUUGCUGAAGUUGGGCAGAGUGUGAGGGACGGAGCCUUCCAGCGUCUGCCUACUCGACCGGGCCUCUCUGGGUGCUUUCCAACCCCGCUUCUUCCCCUUCUUUCUGCCCGGACAGUGCAUGAUGGAAGCAGCAUGGCCACCCAUUUCUCCUUGACACAGUUGUCAAGUGCAAAUCCAGUGUAUGAGAAGUACUAUCGUCAGGUUGAUCCUGGUAAUUCUGGAAGGGUGUUGGCUUCUGAUGCAGCUCUCUUUCUGAAGAAAUCAGGACUGACAGACUUGAUACUUGGGAAGGUUUGGGACCUUUCUGAUACAGAUGGCAAAGGUAUCUUAAAUAAACAGGAAUUUUUUGUGGCUUUACGGCUUGUAGCCUGUGCACAGAAUGGAUUGGAUGUUUCGCUGAGCAGUCUUAACUUGCCUGUUCCUCCACCUAGAUUUACUGAUUCCACUAGUCCCUUAUUAUCUGGAGGAGCACCAACUGAUCUCCCAUGGGCUGUUAAGCUAGAAGACAAGGUCAAGUAUGAUGCUAUCUUUGACAGCCUGAACCCAGUGAAUGGAUUGUUGACAGGGGAUAAAGUAAAACCUGUUCUGCUCAACUCCAAACUACCAGUUGAUGUCUUGGGAAGGGUAUGGGAACUGAGCGACAUUGACCAUGAUGGAAUGUUGGAUCGCGAUGAAUUUGCAGUUGCCAUGUUCUUGGUAUACUGUGCUCUUGAGAAGGAACCUGUGCCAAUGUCCUUGCCACCAGCACUGGUACCACCUUCUAAAAGAAAAGGUGUCGGUAUUCCAGGUGCAGUACAGUUGGCACCACCUUCAUCAUCCACUAAAGAGUCUCAUCAGUCCAUACCACCUAUAGGCCUCUUGCCACCCAAAGUACCAUCAACACAGUGGGUUGUAUCGCCUGCAGAUGUGAAAAAAUACCAUGAAAUCUUUCUGAAAACUGACAAAGACAUGGAUGGCUUUGUCUCUGGUGUGGAGGCUAGAGAAUUAUUCUUAAAGACAGGUCUGCCUUCUGCCUUACUUGCACAUAUCUGGGCUCUCUGUGACACACAGGACUGUGGGAAGCUUUCUAAGGAACAGUUUGCUUUGGCCUUCCAUUUCAUCAAUCAGAAGCUGACAAAGGGCAUUGAUCCUCCUCAGGUGCUAACUGUAGAUAUGAUUCCUCCAUCAGAGAGAGCUCUACAAAAGGUGACAACGUUAGGACCGAGUCCUGUAGCAGAUUUUUCUGCAAUCAAAGAGCUAGAUACUUUAAGCAAUGAAAUAGUUGACCUACAGAAGGAAAAAAAUACUGUGGAGCAAGAUCUAAAGGAAAAAGAAGACACUAUCAAACAGAGAACGAAUGAGAUCCAGGAUCUUCAGGAUGAAGUAAAAAGGGAGACCGAUAGCUUGCAGACGCUGUUGGCUCAGAAGCAGGAAGCAGAGGAAAUCCUUAAUGGUCUUGACGAGGAGAAAGCUAAGCUGGAAGAGCAGCUUAACACCAUUCGACAAAAAUGUGCUGAGGAAGCUGAUUUGGUCAAGAAUGCAGAAGGUCCCAGGUUCAGUCUCCAGCAUCUCCAGAUUUCAUCACUAAAGACAGAAAUAACAGAUCAAGAGUCCAAAAUCUCAACAUAUAAAAAUGACUUGAGUAAAGCCCAAGAAGAGCUCAGCAGGCUACAGCAGGAAACAGCAGAGCUAGAGAAGUGUGUAGAAACAGGAAAAUUGGAGCUAGGACCGCUACAACAGGAUCUUCAGGAUUCACAACAAGAAAUUACUUCAGUGGAAACAAAACUGUAUGAGCUGAAAGAGUUGGAAAACAGCCAGUUUAACUGGGAAGCUCAGCCACAUAGCACACUGCUUAAUGGAAAUGCAGAUCAUUCUAGCCUCAGCAACAGCAGCAGUGAAACUGCUAACUUUAAUGAGAAUGCUGAAAGAGAGAAUUCAGCAUAUACUGAACAAAUAAAUCAUGAAUCUCCUGCCAGGAAUAGUCCAGAAACAACGCAUGUAGAAGCAGAGGAAGAAGAGAAAGAGGUCGUGCCAUCAGAUGUUACCAAAAAAGAAGAUCCAUUUGAUGAAGAAACCCAUCAGCUCUCUGAACAGAUUGCAGGAUCCAAUUUAGACUUCUUUGAGUCUGACCCCUUUGUUGGUAGUGAUCCUUUCAAGGAUGACCCUUUUGGGAAGAUUGAUCCUUUUGGUAGUGAUCCUUUCAAAGGUUCAGAUCCUUUUGCUGCUGACUGCUUUUUCAAGCAAUCAUCCACAGAUCCUUUUGGAAAUAUUGACCCCUUCAGCGCAGCCAACAAUAGCAGUAAUUCCACAACCGAAACACUGAAGCAUAACGAUCCUUUCGCUCCUGGUGGAAAUGCUGUUACUACAUCAAGUGAUCCAGCUGCAGAUCCUUUUGCCUCUUUGUUUGGAAAUGAAUCAUUUGGAAGUGGUUUUGCUGACUUCAGCACAUUAUCAAAGGCAAACAAUGAAGAUCCCUUUAGUUCAUCGACAACAGGCUCUCUCAAUAAUGUGGUUAUAACCAAAAAUGUGUUUGAGGAACCUCCGGCCAAAAAUGAAGAUGUCCCUCCUGCUUUGCCUCCCAAAAUUGGAACACCUACCAGACCUUGUCCUCCCCCACCUGGAAAAAGACCUAUCAACAAAUUGGAGUCUUCAGAUUCCUUUAAACUGAAUGAUCCUUUCCAGCCGUUCCCAGGCUGUGAUGGUCCCAAAGAACAGGAAGCUGACCCAUUUGCUCCCACUGGUGUGUGCAAAGAGAUGGACACCAGCAAUUUUGCUAAUUUCAGUGCUUAUCCUACUGAAGAAGACAUGAUUGAAUGGGCAAAGAGAGAAAGCGAGAGAGAGGAGAAAGAGAGACUUGCAAGGUUAAAACAACAGGAACAAGAAGAUCUAGAACUUGCUAUUGCACUCAGUAAAUCUGAAAUAUCAGAAGCAUGAAGAAUUGCCUCAACCAUUUCUCCCUUUCCCUGGAUAAUUAAGCUGUUUGUAAAGCUAAUCAGAAUGACAUAUGAACAGGGAAGUACAAAAGGCUUUAAAUUCCUGCAAAUGUGAUUCUUGAGCAACUGAAUAUCUUGUAUUAUUUUCAUAUUCACUAUAUUCACUAAUCUCAUCUGACAACUCUUUAAUAUAGCGAACUUCCAUUUGUGUUUAUCUUCGAAUUCUUCUGUACUAUAAACCAUUACACCAAAGUAGCUUCUUUUAAUGCAAAAAGACAACUCGAUACUAUUUUAAAAUUAGAAUAUUGAGGCACAGCAGUCUGUUUUUGAAAGGUCUCAAAAGGCAAUUAUGUCUCAACAUUUUCUUCAUUGCACUGAUAUUUUUUUUUGUAGGAUUGAAGAUCUAAAAUGUGCAGGUGCAUGUAACUACAUGAAAUCAGUGCAUUGUAAAGCCUUUAGUCCUAUACUGAUGGCUAGGUUGUAUGUUACUGAUUUCUCUUUUAAAAAAUGACUAGAUGGCUUGUUACAAGUCUUGAUUAGCUGUCUCUUCAGAAGGGUCAUUUUUGCAAAUUGCUAUAAUACUGAAUUGUUUUUGUUCCCCCAGAUGGUCUAGAUAGCAAAACAUAUUUUCACUUGUACGCAAAGCUGGUCAUACAGCCAGCCAAAUUAUAGUUAUAAAAAAAAGCUAGCUUGCAAAUAUUCAGGCAACUAUAAAUUUCUGAUAAUCCUGCCUUUUGCUUGAAAUGUUCAUGUCUGGUUAUCACAGGUAUUAGAAGCUUAUCGUACAUUUUACGGAGAUGAUGGCAACUGAUUCUGAGCAUAUAUAGUACUUUUAUGACUAUUGUUUUCCUCUCUUUUUUAAUGAAGGCUCCAAUGCUAGACUGGUUGUCUAAUAGAAAGUCUAGGGUUCCAGAUGCAAUAAGUAUUGUCUGAAACUGUUAACUGUCAUUUUGCCUGUUCAGUCAGCUUUUAAAAACUGGAAAUUUUAGGAUUUUUCCAAGGGAAUUUGUAAAAUUAAACUGUUUGGCAAAGUUCACUGUCAGGAAAUCUGAUGCCCCACUGCUUUGAGCCAAAUUUUUCUGUGAAAUACGCAGCUAAACUGGGAAGUUGACAGCUGAAUUUGAAAUAGGGUAGGAAGUAGACUGCAUAAAGAUAUAGUUUACAACAGACAGUUGCUGUUAUGCAUAAUUUAUUGAAUGCCAACUGAUAGUUGCACCUUAAACUGAAAUAUCGUUUAAUGGUCACUGAGUCCAAGUAAGAUUGAGUAUUAAUGAAAGUAACUUAUUGCCUCUUCUGUGUAAUGUGUUCCGUUCUGCAGAGUGAUAAACCCAUUCCAAAUGACUGUUUUUCCACUCUAAAUGCAUGCACAGUUAGGCUACAGCCUUACAAAAUUGGUGGAUUCCCCCGCCCCCAAACCUGUGGUGUUUGUACCUGUAAUAAAAAGUUUUAAAGUGGUUGUCCUGCUGCAAAGAGUUGCAUAGUCACCACUGUCAGGCUGAAACAACUCCAGUUACCUGUGGAUGCUGCUGCAAGAAUCUUUUGAAUAUGAUAGUUUUCCCUGAGUUUUCCUCAAAAAAAUUGAGACUUUCUUUCUUGCACUGGGAAAUGAGCAUUUGAAAACACCUAAUCAAAAAGUAAUUUAGCAAAACGUCUUUCAAGUAUUAAUAUCCAUAAUUUAUCUACACAAUCUUUGUAAUAACAUUAACCAUGCAUAUUGUAUGUUUAACUGGACUACAUAAAUUUCUUUUUUGUUAACUGUAUACUUGGUGGACCAAUACAAUCUCUCUCGUGUGUGUGUAUGUGUCAUAUAUAUAUAUAUAUAUAUAUAUAUAUAUAUAUAUAUAUAUAUUCAAGCUUUCUUGUAUAGGAUUGAAAGUUCUGAGUCACUUGAUGUUACAUUUCAUGUUACUGACUGAUUACAGAACCUCUACUCGAAGGUUUCUAAAUAAACCACUGCUGUGUCCGCUUCAGCGGCAUUACUGUUAAAAGUUUUAAAAAGGCUUUUAAGAACUUGUUCAGGUGGGGUUAGCCUCUAUUUAUAGACCUUUGUUUAAAAAUUCUAAAAUAGCCUGUAAUUAUGAAUAAAACACUUUAAGUAUAUAA